AUGUAUGAGAUGCAUCCACCAGUUUUGCCUCUUCCUGUACAUUUGCCCAAUUCUCAGUUGAUCCAGCUUAGGCCUCAUGAAAAGUUGACAUCAGUGGUUUCAGAUGCUAAGCGUUCUAGAACCUGUCUUACAGAGUUUUUCCGAAUGAAUGCUGACCUACCUUUAGGAACAGGAUUACUAUAUAAUGAGUUUUCAGAGCACUAUCGUUGGGAUGCAUCUGACAAGCAUUGGUAUAAGAGACAGAAUAAGAAGAUAGUCAUUGGUAGGUUGGCAUUUGUUGGACCUUCAGAAGGAGAAAGGUAUUUUCUUAGAUUGUUCCUGCACAAUGUCAGGAGUCCAAAGUCAUUUGAAGAUCUGCGUACAGUUAAUGGUCAUAUAUGCGACACCUUUCAUCAAGCUGCACUUAAAUUGAAGCUAUUAGGAGAAGAUUAUUCAGUUGAUUUGUGUUUGAAAGAAGGGUGUGUUGUUCAAAUGCCACUUACAGUUCGCAAGCUCUUUGCAACUGUGCUGAUAUUCUGCCAGCCUAGCGAUCCUGUUUCUCUUUGGAUGAAAUAUUAUAGCUUUCUGUCUGAAGAUUUUAAGCAUAGAUAUCCUUCUGAUCCACAAAAGGUUAGACAGCUGACUGUUAAAUCAGUUGAGUGGUUCUUAGAAUCAAUGGGAAGUUCUCUUGCUAAAUAUGGAUUAGACCAUUUAGUUGAACCGGAUGAUGAUGAAAUGCGCAAACAAAAGAUAUAG